GAGCCGUACUGCGGAGGUCUGGCCUUGAUAGGCACCAACGACAAGCCGCGUUGGUUGUUAAGGAAAAUAAUUUAUCAGGAAAGGAGAUGGUUUUAAAAGAGAUGAACAAUGAUGGGUUUGAACAAGAGGACAACAAAUGCAUGGAGCCUGAUGUCAUUGCCAAGGGAAACAUACUUGAGAGUUUUACAGAGAGUCAAGAAACUCAGGAGUUGAUUAAUCAUCUUAGAUUGGCAUAUGAAGAUUUGACACUGCGAGAAAAAGUUCUUGAAAAAUUUAAAGUUAUAAUGGAUAAAUAUCAGGAACAACCUCAUCUUUUGGAUCCUCAUUUAGAGUGGAUGUUGAAUUUGCUGCUAGAUAUUAUCCAAGAUGAAGCAUCUCCUCCUCCUUUAAUCCAUCUGGCCUUUCAGUUUCUCUACAUUAUUUCAAAG